GGGAGGCUCCAAAUUGGGGCGGGGGGCGCGGCUGGAAAAUGCCUGCCUCUACUUUAAUGGAAGCCCCCAGCCCAGGCCUUGGGCUUAGCUGGAGCCUUAUAAUGCCCAGGGGAAGUUAGGAAGAGGAGGAAGCAUUUAUAAAGGGGAGGGGGCUAGGGGGGGGGGAAACCGCCCCCCCAGGUUGGGGGUCGUUGGGCUUGGAGUGAGUGAGAGCUCAGGGAAGAGGCCUCAGUUCAGCCAUGAGACCUUUGGGGUUUUCAGUUUCCUAGCUGUAAAGGACCUCUUAGGGACUAGUAUCUUGAAAAUAACAAAAAAAAAAAAAAAAAUUGGGGAUAGGAGCAAAAGCCUAGUUCCAACCGAUAGUAAACUUGAAAGUUUGGGGAUGGGGAAGAUGGGGUAGUGGGUGGGAGGGCUGCGGGUUUGGCUUUGGAAACGGGCAGGGUAGGAAGGCAAAGUACUCUUAGGGACUAGGAACUUGGUAGGAGGAAGGAGAAAGAAAAGGAAGGGGGGGGGGAGAGAGAGAGAGAUAGGCGUAGGGGCAUGGAUGGAUGUCGCAGACUUGGAAACACGGUCGUAGUAAGGGAAUUCAGAGAGUUGAGUCCACAUUAGAUCCAAACUGGGUUUAGAAUAGAUCUCAGUGAGGGUCUCUCAUCACGGCUUGUUGGAAAACCUGGUUUUUAAUUUCUGGGGUUUUGCAGAGCCCCAAAGGCAAGGUUGCGGGGGGGGGGGGGAGGUGUUAAGCUUGCUUUGUCUCAAGGGUUAGUAGACCUUCCGACUGAAGUUAGGAGCUUUGCUCCCCCUGGGAGGCCAAUUAGGAAUCCUGGCUUGGAUGCCGCCAACAGCCCAACAUGCUUGGAGCAAUCGUGGUUUGUUUUGAUGGGUGGAAAACCCCUGAUUGCCCAAGACAGUGAACCCAAAGAGAGUAUUUGCUUGUAGAUUAGCUUUUUUUACAAGGGCUGGACUCAAGAAAUCGAUAGCUUAUUGAUCGAUUGAUGACUUGAGUUUCUUAUUGGAACCCGCCCCGGGGCAACAGAGGCAGGAUGCCCCUGAUCCCCAAAAGUGAUCCUCGCUACUUUGUGCUGAUUAGACCACUGCCUAUCCCUCCCCAGAAAGGUUUAAAGAUCCAGGCGCGGAGCAAAACCAUCUACAAUUGCUGGGAUGUCCCGAGAGAACAAGUAUUUCGAGAGAGCUAUCAUCGGAGAGCCAAACAACUCUCGCAACAGGGGUAUUUUACCCCCUGCUGGAAACCCUAUCAGGAUUUCGGAGACCCGCUUUACCUCGAUCCCAGAAAACUCACACUCCACGGUCUGGGACAGCUACCUCCGGAUCUCUGCAAAGAAGACUUGGCUCUGGAAGAAUUAGCCGAACCGGUAGAAACCGAGCUUUCCAAAAAGUCGAAAGCAAAGCUCCUGGAACCAGAGAAGAAACUUCUGCCUAUUCGACAUAUCGAGAAGGAUUUGAGGACUCUCCCGAGAGACCUCGCCCAGAUGAGGCAUCUGAUCAACUCGGUGAAGAUCGGGCGGGGAUAUUUCCAUAGUCUUCGCCAAGAAUCCAUCAAGAGGAGGAACGUAUCCAGCCUGGAAGAACGGAGGGAGGAACAGAGGAGAAGGACGGAGUUUCAGCCCCCUCGCUACCCAUCCUCAUCCUCGGAGGAAGACUCCGAAUCCGAACCCGAGUUCUUUUUAACAGGAGGCUUCUUGGUGAGCGAGACAGAAAAGAAGAAGAAGAAGAAAAUGGCUCGGCCUUUCACCCCCAUCCAUAAUGGCUUGCUUUCAGAAAAGCAUCCGGAAGCGCAUUUCGACUCCAUCUUCCGUCAGCUCUGCGCCCUCAACUGGCUCCUGGAAGCUUUGACGCUGGAGCCAAGCAGUAGCAUGAAGCCAUUGAUCUCCUGCUGGAACCCCAAGGACUACGGUGGCGGGAAAAGUUGCAUGAAAACGAUCAAUAAAGAGAAGGCAGUGAAGAACCGGUGGGAGCAUUUCCUUCAGCACGCAAAGGUAGAUUUCCCUGGAUGGGGAACUGCUUCUAUCAAAAGGCUAAUUUUUCUUGGGUGGGAGGAUGGCUGAUGCCUUACUUUGGUC